UGUAACUCUGUCUGACGCAGCCCCCGCUAGCUUAGUUUAGCACAAAGUCUGGAAGUGAAUGGCUCCAGCUAGCAAACUGCUUCCAAUAACUGACAAAAUAAUGCUAUUUAUGUGUUGUGAUUUGUAUAGUAACACCGUGUACAAAUAACAAGGUGAUAUGAGACACAGCCAUCUUUUAACAGUAUACACACUGGGAACUAUAUUCUCAGGAGACGAAGCACUGCUACUUGGGCGGAGGUAUUGGGAAAGGUAUGUAUGGACUUAUCUAACUCUGGGGGAUACGGUGAAUACGCUAAAUGCCCAAAAUCUGGGCGUGUACGUUUAACGCAUAUGUAAUGCGUUACUUGUUACUUCAGAAAAGUAAUAUAAUUACGUAAUGCACGUUACUUGUAAUGUGUUACCCCCAAAACUGACUGUAUGUAUUACGUAUUAAUUGACUAAAAUCAAGUAAUGCAGUCAAUAUACUUAUUAUGAAUAUACAAAAUAUUAUUACAAUAAAUAGUAUAAUUUUUUUAUGUUUUGGAUCUAUUCAACAUGCACUUUAAAUAAUUAAAAAGCAGUAUGCUACAUUGUUGUCAAGUGACCUCUUUAUGUUGCAUGUUUAAUUUGUGUGUGGCCUUAUUUUAGAGUAAUAGAUGCAUCACAUGCAGUGAACAUACAGCGCUUGAACCGCAAUUUUAGCAGAACGUAUUAAGCCUAUCCUGCUUUGUUAUAAUAUAGAGCUAUAUUAUAAUGAGAUAAUUGAUUAAAAUAAUGAAAUAAAAACUUCAAGGUUAUGAGUACACAUUUGCUGUUAUAAUUUAAUAUCUUAUAUUUAUGACUUGUUUUCUUAUAAAUAUGAUUUAUUGAAGCACAGUUUUAUGUGGCGGAACUGGGCUUCCAUAAUAAUCACUACUGUUUUACUUCAAUUCAAGGUUGUAAACUAUGUCUACUCAUAUAGUAUAGCACACUAUACUUAAAACAUGUGUUCCUGUAAGUCAUUCUGUUAUUUCAUUCAUACAUUAUAUUUGCAUACUACACAGUAAUUGUGCUGUAUACUGCAAAAAUGUUAAGAGUUUGAUUCCUUCAGACAUGCACAAUAUUACUUACUGUAAAAUCUUCCUUAUAAUCUGUGUUGUUUGUGCUUUGGGGUAUACCGUAUGCACGUUUGUUGUUUCUGUGAGGACAUUAAAAGCCUCAAGUAAAUCAUUUUACACCAGAGACCAGCCUCUCAAUAUACACUAGUGAGCAAACUGAAUAAAUGAUGUGAUAGAUCGCACGAGCUCUGUGGAUAAAGGCAUGUCAAACUUUCUUGUGACAGAUGGCCUGUGCAUAAAAACAGGUUUCUUUGGUCUUUAUCUGUAACUGCUUUAUGUUAUGUAAAGAUUCUUCGUAGAUAUUAAGCAUUGCUGCUGUGUGCGUGUGACAAUAUGAUUGUGUGCGUACAGUACGUUGUCUUAAUUCCAGAAUUUCUGACGUCAGGUCACUUUGUGUUGAGGUCAUUACAGUACAUGAUGUCACAGGUUUGGUCUUUAUGAUAGGCUAUAUUUCCUUUAUGGACUGGAAGAACGAUAUAACUAGACAUAGAAACCUAGAGUGCAUUGAAAUACAAAUAAAAAGUUUGUAUUUCCGUGCACACGGAGAGAUUUAGCCUCAAACAACAAUGCAGGAUUGUGUUCUCAUGUGCAUACAAGUAAUGCCAGAAUGUGUUAAAUGUGCAUAUAUUAUUGAGCCCACAUACAUCUGUCAGAUAUCUUGCCAAAUGCUAUUUUUUGUGUCCAAUAUUUAAAAGCAUGGCCCAUGGUGUGACACGAUGAAUGAUAUUGCCCAGUUUUAACUUUCCCAUUUAUGGGUUCAACAAUGACAUAUUACAGUUUGUAGUGUUUAUUUAUAGCAGCAUUAUUAGUUAUAUGUGUAAAAACAAAACUAGCUUAACCAUUAUAUAAUCUGAAUCUAAAAGGACCGUAAAUCACCUUUUAAGAAUAUUUUGGAAGGUAAGGAAUAGAGGAAAGGGUGCCUGUAAAUGUUUUCCCCUGGGGCCUGAUGUAUUUGCAGCUGUCUUGCGACUAAAGUUUUUUGAUUCAUUCAUUCAUUGCAUUGGGACAUUUUUUCUGAAUAUUUUUUAUGUUUUUCCCCCCCAUAUUUUAAGCAAUUUCCAUUUGGUGUGCGCUAACUUAAUUAUUAUAAAAAUCCUUAGUAAUUUUAAGUAAUCUAGUAAGGGUCUAGUCUCGUGUUUUAUUAUGGUUGUUCUGCGCCCUCUGUUGGACAAAAGCAUAUUUGCAGCAGACUUUAUUCUUAUUUGGUUUUAGUGUGGGCGGUCCUGGGUUGUGGCUAAAAGGUAUACAGUUACGGCCAAAAUAUAGCGCUUCUGUUUUCAUCAUCAUAAUCAUACCCCCAAACCUAUCCCUAAACCAAGCAUUUAACGGGAUUUAGGCCGUAGCUGUAACCUAUCUAGCCAGAACAUCUGUUUUUCAACAUAAUUCUACCCAUAGCAACAACCUAACGCUACAUCUCGCGAGAUUUGUCCGUAGCUGUAUCCAUUCUAGCCAGAACCGCGAUCCUGCUGUGUUUCUUUUACUUUCUCUACAUCACUUCCUUCUGUACUAGUCCUCCUACAUGCAUAGCUACAGUAUCGUAUACUGGCGGGAGAUUUGGAGAGAAGCGUUUCUGUAAUGCGGUGUCAGACACAGAGACAUACAAAUAUUUGAAGACAGUUCACUUUUUGACAGGUACGCAUGAGUUUAAUAUCACGAUAUUGUUUUUAAAGCAGGCAAACAGCACCAGAGCAUCUGUACACGUUGUUUAAUGGGAGUCAGCGCACUAAUGGACCCGUUAGACUUUCUAACAAAUGAAGAUUUGUUAUUGUUUUUCCGUCGCAAGAAAACGGAAAUGUCCUGCAUUGAUCAGCCGCACACUUUCCUCACCCAGCUUCGGGAUUACGACCUCCUUCCUGAGAAACUUUAUAAGAAGUUAAAAACGAUGCGCUCUCGUGAACAAAAGCAGAAGGGUGUCUAUGAGGUUUUGGAGUGUCUUGAGAAAGAGAAUCCUAAUCAUAUGCAUCAGUUCUGGGGAUGUGUGUUUAAAGACCACAUUUUGCAGCAGUACCCCACACUACGCCUGCUCAAAAACAGCCUGAUGGACGGAAGCUUCAAAUUCUACGAGAAACCCUCUUAUGCUGAAGGAUCACCUGAGACUGAGAAGAAUGAAGGAAAACAGGAGAAAGCGAAGAAAGACAAAAAGAGAAAGGUAGAUGAUGCAAGUGGUGAGGAUAGUGAUGGUCCAGGUCCUUCAUCUUCCUCCAAGCCCGCGCGGAAGAAAUUAAGCAAGAAACUCUCCUUCUCAUCUCCUGUAAAGAAAGGAGACAGUCAGGAGAUUUGGAAGUGGCCUAUUUAUAAAACUCAGCUGCCUGUAACCUGUGGCACACAAGAGGGUAACCUUCAUCGGGACAAGCUGGCCAAAGGGGAGAAGUGCAUUUUUGCACAGAAACGCUGGUUCAGUCCAUCUGGUUUUGAGCAGUUUGGAGGGAAAGAAAGGUGCAAAAACUGGAAACACAGUAUUCGUUGCAUGAAAACACCACUUAAGAAACUCAUUGAGGAGGGGCAUCUUCAGUGUCCACCGAUUGAGAGAAGAAAACGUACAUGUGUCUUAAACACCACACCAGUGCGGCUUUCUGACAGCUCAGCAGACAACUCCAGCACGAACUCUAGUGAAACCAGCCUUGGGACAGAAGAGGAAAGAGACGCUGAGGAUUUCGAAGAGCAAGGAGGAAUGGAGUUCAGAGAGCGAGUAGAGGAAGAAGAGGAAGAAGAUAUGGAAGAUCUUUCUGUUUUUCAGACUCCCUCUUUGCCAGUCACCUGUGUUUCACUUAGUGGGACUCUACACAAGUAUCGGUUUGCAUCAGGUUUGCGUGGGAAAUGUAUACGUACCGAUGAAAGCUGGCUCACUCCUGAAGAGUUUGUCAAACAGGAGACAACUCUCACUGAUCCAAACUGGAGAAGAGACAUAAUGUGUCAUGGCAAAACUCUUAACUUCUUAUUGAAGAAAGAUAUUCUGCGCAUCCAUUCACUCCUUUGUGAGUGUGAGAAAUGCAGUGAUCAAGAACAUGACCUGUUAGUACAGAGAAAUGAUGAUGUGUGUUAUGAGUGUGGCUCUGAUGGAGAUCUGGUGUGCUGUGAUGAGUGUCCACGAGCUUUUCAUUCACAAUGUCACCUGCCAGCUGUAAACGAAGAUUCAACAGGAGAAUGGAUGUGUACUUUCUGUGUACUGAGGACCAAUCAACAGUGGCGUAACUCCAGUCACAUAACUGAAGAAGAAGCUUUGAACCUCCCAGUGUCCUCCCAGUAUAGACUGUACUGCGACUACCUGCUGUUAUAUAUGUACAGAGAGGACGCCCAGCGUGUGUUUGUAAAGGACCCCCGCAAAACAGUGCGGCGAUAUGCUGAGUUUGUUACUCAUCCCAUGUGGCUGGACAAAAUCAAGCUGAAGCUGGAAGCUAAGGAGUAUCAAACUGUUGGAGACUUUGUGUCGGAUAUUCAGCUCAUCUUUAGCAACUGCAAGACAUUUAACAGGGACAAUGAAUUUGGCAAAAUGGGGGCCAGACUGAAGGAUUUGAUAGACAGGGAGUUUAAGAAAGUCUUCUCUAUCCAAUAACAUUUCUCUUUUUAUCUCUGUUAUAAUUUUAAACGAAAAUAUGCUAUUAUAUACUCCUUUCUUUUGCAUUAUGAUGUUAUGUCAUUCUCAUCAUGACUUACUAAAGACUUUUUUCACAAACUCUUGUUUGUAUAGACGGUAUGAAAGAAAUGAGAUUUAUCGCUUUAUACUUUAUCAUGUCACUGUUGCACUGUAAAACUUGUUUUAAUCAUUCCACAAUAGAUUUGUUUUAAUCUUUUUAAUCGUUUAUUUUUGUCCAGAUUAUGUUUUGGUUUUUGAAACAAUCAUCUUUAUUUAUUAAAUUCUGUGCACAUUAAACCAGUAUCAGACAAAGUAUUUUGACAAAAUAUGACACGCUGCUUCUUUAAGAAAUAACCCUGAAUAAGCAGAUCUAAUGUUUAAAGGGAUAGUUCACCCAAAACUGAACAUUGUGUCAUCAUUUACUCACCCUCAUGUUGUUUUAAACCUGUAUGUGUUUAUUUAUUUUUCUAUAUUUAUUUUGAUAAAUGAUUGUAAGAAAACAGUAAAAAAAACAAAUACUGUGGUAGUCAGUGGGUACUGUCAACUGUGUGCUUGCCAUCAUUUAACAAAAUAUCUUCUUAAAACAAAAUUUUUGGGUGAACUAUCCCUUUAAGUGUCAGUCAUAUUCACUCUUAAAAAUAAAGGUGCUUAAAAGGUUCUUCACAGCGAUGCAAUGGAAGAACCUUUUUGGUUUCUCAAAAAAACAACUAGCCAAAGGUUCUUUAAAGACCCAUAUCUCUAUACAUUUUUAUAUUUUGAAGAAGCUUUUUUGUUCAGAUGUUAAAAGGUGCUUUGAAGAACCAUUUAGACAGAAAUGGCAUCAUAAAGCAUUUUUAUUUUUAAGAGUGUUCUCAAUCUAAUUUACAUUGCCGUCUAUUCCUUGCAUUAUCAAAAUAAUGUGUAAAAAUCUUUACAUUUCAAAAUUAUUAUUUUAAUCACCUGCAAUGUAUGUAUAUAAAAUUAAAGU